UUUUUCAUUCGAGUUUCUCGGGAAAACAAGCUAAAAGAAAGAAGAAAACCAAUCAAGUAGGGAAGUGGUGAAAGAAAUGGAUUCGAUAAAAAAACUGGGAUUUUCUGGAUUUUAAUUUCAUCGAUGAAAGUACUUAUCAGGAUCUUUCUGGAAAAAAAAAUCAAUUUAAUACAGGCCAAGAACGAACCCCGAGCAGAGAAGCUAGUGCUGAAGGCAAAUAAAGAAAGGAUAGAGCAGCAGCUGAAAACGAUGACCGUUCCACCAACCGGGUAUGUUCAUGCUCAUCCAGUGCCAUAUCAUCCCGGGGCAAACAAGAUGGCCGUUUUUCCCAGCUGCGGUUUGGUCCCGAUGUGGCAAUAUUUACCUCCAUCGGUACGAGAUACAUCUCAAGAUCACGAGCUUAGGACCCCUGCAGCAUAGUAUUGUUUUGCAUUGUUUUAUUUCCGAGUAUCCUCUGCGGUU